AUGGGCAACUCCCUCUCCUGGCUGUCCUGGGCGGCCGACGCUUUCAUCCCGCACCGCCCGUCCGAAACCCCUGGUGAGGAAUCUGGCGCGACCUGGCGCAAGAAGGCGGGCGAAGAAGCGCGCCUGCGCAGCAGCGCAUUCGACGAGUCCCAGCGCGCAUACACGCUGGGCCGACGCGCGGAAGCGAAAGAGUUGAGCGAUAAGGGCAAAGAGCACAAGCGCAAGAUGGAGCAAUACAAUGCAAAGGCCGCAGACGAAAUCUUUGCGCACUACAACCCGCUGCUCCUCACUUCGUCCCCGACGCCGGACGCCCUCGCGCAGGUCGACUUCCACGGUCUCUUCGUCACCGAGUCGCUCGCGCGCGCGAGGGCGCACGUCGCCGCCUGCCGCCGCCAGAGCGUGAAGCGCACGGUGUUCAUCACCGGGCGCGGCAAUCGUUCCGCGGGUGGACUCGCCAAGAUCAAGCCCGCCAUGGAGGACUUCCUCAAGAGCGAAAAUUUGGUCGCGUACAUGGACGUUCCCAACGCGGGUUGCAUCACGGUCGACAUCGACGUCAAGGACAAAGCGCCCGGGUGGGGCGACUCCUGUGUGGUGAUGUGAACACCCAUUCCCACUGCCGCAGCCUAUCUACAACCAGAAGUGCCUCUUUUCUUGGAACGAUAUAUAGCUUCAACAGCUCGCUCGUACAGCCGUUCAUUUCGGCUGCGGCGGCGAGAUACCGCGACCCACGGCUCAACUCUACUUUCUUUAUCGCGCGUGGCACGUGAUUUUCUCGGCACCAUUUAUACCGCGUCGCGCCGCAAUUACUCAGAUCCGCAGUGGGUCUGGAGUGGUGUCGCCCAUCUACCACCGUCACUGGUCCCCUCACGCAGAAUCCACUGCACCACUGCCUCGUUCGGGACGGCCCACGUCGUCCAAGCCCUCCUCGAUCCUUGAUCAGCAACUAUGCCCCUGUUAUCAGCAGAGUCCUUUGCGCGGCCGCGUAAGGGCCCGCUCAAGCACGCCGACCCGUUGAUCGCUCAGUACCGCCGCGCGCUUGAACAGGCGCACGUUGAACAUGACAGGCUCACCAAGUGGAGGGAGACCAUGCCGAAGGAAAUGGAUGGUUCCGCGGCGGAGGCGGAGGUCCUCGACCGUCUGAAGCAGGUCGAGGUGCUCAUUGUCACGAUACCGAAACGAAUCCACGAUUGCCAGCUCACCUACGCCUCCAUGCGCCUCGGCAGUUCGAACCUUGCUCGUCCACCCGCACCGCCGGAUUACGGCCGACUUUGGGCUGAGAACCCCGUACCGUCGUCAGCGUCCUUGCACCGGAGCGUGUCCCGACCCGGGGAAGGCAGCUCGUCUGGCUCGAGCGUUGCCGUUCCCGGCCUGCCCGCAUACGAAGACGCCCCUCCUUCCUACCACCACUCGGUUACCGUUUGACUGUAUCAUUUCCCUUUGUAUCAUUCGGUGAUCCGCCAACGAAAGUUGGGAGGUUGAGAUGCAGAACUCUAGAUGCUGGACGAUAUGUUCCCGACGUGCCGUAGUCACCGAGCGACGCAGAAGGAGGUCAUUGAUCAGCAGCGAGAAAGUCGCAUAGAUCCAGCUGUACUCUACAUCAGAUCAUGACAUUGUAACAGUAGAAUCGUUGGUCCACUUGAAGGCUUCAAUGAACUUCGCACUAUCGUGCUCGCUGACGGGAAUCCCC